AUGGUGUCAGCAAGUAGCGAUUCCGACUUUGAAGGCUUUACCAUUGAUGAUGUUGAAGAUAUCAACGAAAACAAAAGUAUUUUGACUUGGGAUGAGUCUGAUAUUGAUAUCAGCGAUUAUUCGUCGGACGAAGAAGAUUUCGAUAACGAAAGUGAAGAAAAUGAAAGUCAUGAAAACGAUAGUGUAAACAAGGCAACAUGGUCGAAAAUUACGACACCAGUCACAAUUUCUGAUUUUACAGAAAACACUGGUCCACACCCUCAACCACUGGAUUAUCUAUUUUUAUUUUUACCUGAAAGUUUUUUUGAAAAUGUUGUGGAGCAAACGAACAAAUAUGUGCAACAUUUAAUUUCUGUUCGUGGAAGAAGCAAUCCGCUAUGGCAGCCAACUAAUACUGCGGAAAUGAGAGCAUUUUUUACAAUCAACAUUAUGUUUGGAGUUAAACAGCUUCCUCGACUGUGGAACUAUUGGAGUCCCGAUGUAAGGUAUGGCGACCCAUAUAUUUCGAACAUCAUGUCGAAGACGAGGUAUUCGAAAAUAUCUCAGUAUUUACAUUUGACUGAUUCUUCCAAUGCCCCCAACAAAAACGACCCAAACUACGAUCCCCUGUACAAAGUACGUCCUGUAAUUGAUUUACUCGUACAUAAUUAUAAAACUAUUUAUUUACCUGGAAAAAAUAUCAGUGUAGAUGAAGCCAUGAUAGGAUUUAAGGGCAGAGUACAUGCCUGCCAAACCUACUAA